UUCCGUAUAACAAAAAGGCUCUAUUAAAUAGUACUCCAUGUUCCUUCGACAUUAUAUUAUUUGUAAACCAUUCCACUUUUUGAUAUUUGAGAGAGCAAAAAAAAAUAAAAAAAUGGAGCUUUGUGAACAUGAUAUUUUGGAGGAAUUAUUAGCUCCAAGAAAAGAAAGUUGGAGCACUUUGAAUGAUUUUUUCCCAAAUGGAAAUGGAUGGACUUUUGAAUCACCACUACCUUUUUACCAAAACCCUGAAUUUGUUGCCUUAAAUUCUUCACUUUUGGGCCUCAUUUCACCUCCAAUAUCUACCUCACAGUCAAAUUUUCCUGAUUUUACUUCACCUGAAUCCUAUCAAUUUCUUGAUUCUUCUUUUACUGGUCCACCACUACUUGAUGACUACAGUGACAGAGCAGUUGUGGAAAAUCAUGAAGAAUUUGGUGGGAUUAUUCCUAGUGAUUUUCAUGGAUUGCAAGAAGAGUUGAAUAGCUUUAGUGAUGUUAAAGUUGAAGAAGCAAAUUCAAGAUUAAUGGGUAAUGUGGGAGAAAAGAAGAAUAAAAUUAGGAAGGUUGAAGGACAGCCUUCAAAAAAUUUAAUGGCAGAGAGGAGGAGAAGAAAGAGACUCAAUGAUAGACUCUCUAUGCUUAGAUCCAUUGUUCCUAAGAUUAGCAAGAUGGACAGAACAUCUAUACUUGGAGAUGCAAUCGAUUACAUGAAGGAGCUUUUAGAAAAAAUCCAUACAUUGCGUGAAGAUGAUAAUGUGAAAGACGAAAUUAAGGAUAUUAAAUUCGUAGGAAACUUCAAGGAGUUAAAGCCAAAUGAAGCACUUGUUAAAAAGCCUCCUAAGUUUGAGGUAGAAAGGAGAAAUGCAGACACCAGAAUCGAGAUCUGUUGCAGUGCAAAGCCAGGGUUGUUGUUGUCAACAGUGAGCACAUUAGAAGCUCUUGGGCUUGAUGUACAACAAUGUGUUAUCAGCUGUUUCAGUGACUUCUCAUUGCAAGCUUCUUGUUCGGAGGCAAGGGAGCAUCGAGCAAUUUUGAGCGGUGAAGAUGUAAAGCAAACCUUGUUCAAAACAGCAGGCUUUGGAGGAAGAUGUCUUUAGAGAUGCACAAUAAUCCCCAACCAAGGACAUUCUGUCUGUUGUUCAAAGAAUAUUGCAAGUUUUAAUAAUGUCAGUCUUCUUUCUCCAAUGUAGUUUUCUUGAUUCAUUUAUAAGAUCUAUUCUGCUAUACUACUAUUCAAAUGGAGUUAAUACAAUCCGUCUGUCAAUUGUUUCAAAAUAAUGGAUUGGAGUAUUGAUAUUCACAAGGUAUGAAUUUACGAGUCCCUUUUUGGUUUUC